GAUGCCGAGAGCGCACACAGAAACAGACACGCGAAAUAACGGCACACGCGUGGCUCUCCCUUUUCCUUCAUGACGAAGCAAAUAUGACUUGUUAAUGUCAUUAUACUUGUAGCCAUCCUCAGUGAAGGCGAAAAACAAACCACAAUUAUUUUCGCAAGAAUCGCCAACAUAUUAUCAGCUGUUUCCCACAGUUCCACAUUCCGGCGCACACAGGGAAUAUGAAGGCGAAAAACCGUGACCAAAGCUUGUCGGACUCCAGAGAACUGGACGGAUCCUAUGACCAGCUAACGGGUAACCCUUCCACCAGCCAAAGCAAAAAAACCAUAAAGCAGCGAUUCCUCAAACUGCUGCCGUGCUGCAAGCCUUCGACUACCCCCUCAAUCAGUCAAAACAGCGUGGAAGAUGACUUUGAGUUAUCCACUGUGUGCCAUCGCCCUGAAAGCAUGGACAAGCUGCAGGAGCAAACUAAGUUUACCAAAAAGGAGCUCCAAGUCCUCUACAGGGGCUUCAAAAAUGAGUGCCCAAGUGGUGUGGUAAAUGAGGAGAACUUUAAGAACAUUUACUCCCAGUUCUUCCCUCAGGGAGAUUCAAGUAUGUAUGCACAUUUCCUGUUUGAAGCCUUCGACACGAACAAAAACGGCUCGGUUAGUUUCGAGGACUUUGUAUUUGGCCUGUCUAUCAUCCUGAGAGGGACCAUUAAUGACCGGUUAAACUGGGCAUUCAACCUCUAUGACUUGAACAAGGAUGGCUGCAUCACCAAAGAGGAGAUGCUGGACAUCAUGAAGUCCAUCUAUGACAUGAUGGGGAAAUACACAUACCCCACCAUGCAGGACGAUGCCCCAAGAGAACAUGUGGAGAGCUUCUUCCAGAAAAUGGACCGGAAUAAAGAUGGGGUGGUCACCAUAGAUGAAUUCAUUGAGUCUUGCAAAAAGGAUGAGAACAUCAUGCAGUCCAUGCAGCUGUUUGACAAUGUCAUCUAAACAUCUGGACCAGUGAGGACACUGGCACCAGAGAGGGGUACGUGUGUGUGGGUGUGUAAGAGGAAUACGGGAUUGAAGAGAGAGAGAGAAAUAGUCUGAUUGCAUGUGUGUUGCGUGUGUGUGGCUGUCUCCCGACUUGCAAGCUUGUGCUCGUGUCUCUGUUGAGAGCUGAGUCCUGAGGACACAGAGAGGGCCCCCUCCCUCUAACUGGACCCCUCAGUGGCUUCCUCCAAGCAACAAAGGAGAGUCCCCAGCGCCCAUCCUCAUCAUGCAGAACCUUAUGUUUUAUCCCAGAGACACAGAGAAAGCAAGCAAGCAGUGGGCUCACAGCCACCUGCACAUCUAACACCCAACCAGCCCCUGCCUGUUUUAUUUGAACUUUUAUUGCUCUUGCUGACGGAGGGACUAUCACAGCCUUUUAAUGGUUGAACUCAGAAGAAGGAUGCUCUCCUUAAACCCUGAUCUCAGAUCACUUUUCCCCUUUCCUCCGUAAUGGCUGAGAGAUGGCAUUGUGAACCUGAUCUUGCCUCUGUGCAUGUGGGUAACACCUUCCUGGAGCCGUAAGACUCAUGGCUCAUCUGCUGGCCAUACAAAUAGAAAUGAAUCUACAGCCACCUGGUGGACAAGAGAGAAAAAGACACUUCCUGAGGGAGCAACCAACAAACUGGUGAUCCGAGCGAUUCCGUCUUACGGAGGGAGCUUCAAACUCGUUCUUUUCCACAAGGGACUGAUUUCAAUAUCGCAUGAUGAUGUCACUAAUAUCUACUUAUGUAUUUACAGAGAUACUCCAAAGUCUGCUCGUCUGUCUGCUGUCCUAGUCAUUCACAGGUGCCUCACCCUUUGUGUAUGUGUGCGUGCAUGUGUAACAGAAGGAGAUGUCAUCUGUCUUACAAAUGUAAGACUCUUGUGACACAACACCCACCUUCAUUCACAGGAUUUUGGUAGAGUAAUUCCCGGCCUUCCAAACUAUUACAAUCCUAACAGUAGUUGUCUAUUGACUGUUGUACAUUUUCUAGCAUUCCCAGUGGUGUGAUAUUAGGCUGUACAAUGUGGGGAUUGCACUAUAAUUUAAUGAGCCGUUUUGACCCUAGCAGCUUCUCUCGACAUGGGAAUGACAUACCACAAUCGUACUAGUCUAUGAAUAUACAUUCAAAGAGAAGUUUAUUAGAUUGCAGAUUGUAUUUGUGAACUUCUUGUAAUCUGAAAUGUCAUGUGGUUGUCACAGGUUCUACCACUUGAAAAAACACAAAAGUCUCCACACCCUUUUUGCAUUAAAUCUGACUAUUUCCAUUUCAAGGAGGCAUAAAGUGAUUGUGUGUAGCAAGUGCAAGACAAAGUUUGAUAGCAGUUUUCUUUUUUCUGUGCCUCCGUUGUUCACUCCAUUUCUUAUUCGCCCUCUCUCUGUAACACCAAAGAAAAGAUAUCAAUUAAAAAGGUACAUAAAGCCACUUAAGGUAAGACAUUUAGCUCACCUGUGGGUGAAGACAGAGGGAGUUACCUGGUAUCAAGCUGGACAAGGGGCAAUCAGAGAUAAGAGGUAGACUACAUGUAGUUUACCUGCACGCUGUUAAGUGCAAUUUUAGGUUGUGAACCCAUCCAUUAGGCUCAGAUUAAUUAUUUUAGAGCAAUUUGCAACCACUUAUUUGCUUCUUUUCACACUAGAACUAAGCAACACAAAUGUGAGAUGAUGUAAGGCACCCGGGCCGUAAUUAAAUCGGCCAAGUGUCUUAAAAGCUGAAACAAACAUGAAAUAGCAAUAAUGUUCUCCACUCACCCAACAUCUCCUUCUUCUCAGAGCACACUAUAAGGGUGCACUAACGGCCCUGGUAAAAAUAUGCACUUCCAGCCCUGCAAUUUCUUAUUUUUUUAUGUUCUGCGGUUUUUACAUUUAUACAUUCUGGAAGAAUGGUUUGGCUCUGAUUGUUCCUGCCCACAGUUAUGUUCUUUUCCCCAAACACAAGGAAAACCUGUCUAUACCCGCAUGUACUGUGUCUAGAACAAUGAAAACCUACUAACCCGUGGUACUGACUGUCUAGCUAGCCUAAACUGGUUGCAUAACAUAUUCAAAAUGUGUAUAUUUUGUACAGAGAUAAUAAAAAAAACAAAAAACACAGUUACUAUGCAAAAUGGACUGGCGUGUGAAUUUAUCAGACUAUACAUAAAUUGUAUUUAUUAAAAUAAGUCCUUUCAGUGAGAUAAAGUACAAAGUACCUGUAGCAAUAACAUUUGACAUUUUGACCUGUCACAGCAGGAAAAAAAUAGUGUAUAUCAGCUUAAGUGAGGACCUGCUUUUAUUCAUUCUGGUACACUUUCAGUGUUUUGGGAGAGUCAUCAUAAAUUCCCCCUUUUUACACAUCUGUAAGUCCAAAAAAAGGGAAAUAGGCAAUGUCCAUAAUAAUAUUCAAAUUAUGAUUCAUUCAUCAUAAUGUCAACAGGAAACAUUUACAGCUUAAAUAUACAUAAUUACAUAAACCAUCCCAGGAGCCAGGUCUCCUUCCACUAACAGGCAGUAGUAUCUAUGCAGAUUCACCCGACCAUGUGACAAUUUCAAAAUGUCAUCCAGCACAUCUUUUUAAAAGUGUGAACAUCAACAAAUACAGUAAUUCAGUCUACAUUUCUGAAGAACCAGCUGACUCCAAACCAUGUACACAGCCUUCAACUGCCAGGUUAUUAAAGCUGAAAAUUUUGUUUUGUUUUGUAUGUUCUAGUGAAAUUCCUG